AUGCCGUUAGCCCAUCUUGGUAUUACCGUGCAAGAUAUCAGCAAGGCACGCGCCUUCUACGAAGCUGCCCUCAAGCCCUUGGGAUACACGGUCCAAGUCACUUUCCUAGAUGACAAGGUCCUCGGUUUGGGAGAACACUAUCCCGAUUUUUGGAUUUCUGAAGUGAACGCGCGCAAGACGGAAGAAGAGAAGAAAGCACUUCCACCGCAGUCCGGUCCAGCUGGAGAAUUCAUUCAUCUCGCGUUUAGUGCUAAGAGCCGUGAUGAAGUCGAUCAAUUCUACGAAGCAGCCAUUGCUGCUGGCGCAAAAGAUAAUGGAGCCCCUGGCUUGCGCCCUCACUACGGACCAACUUAUUAUGGUGCAUUUGUCUACGACAUUGAAGGCCGAAACCUUGAAGCUGUUUACCUUGGGGAAGCUUAG